AUGAGGCGGUUCCCGUUAUUCCGGCUGGCCACGCUACUAGCUCGCCAGCUCAGUGCGCCUGUUGCUAAGAAGAUUAAGGCGGUGGCGGUGAACUACCCGUGGUUCCAGCGGCACGUGUGCGCGCGCACGGGCCGCAUGUUCCACGCCUACCAGCUGCGGCUGCGGCUGUGGACGCUAGCGCUGCGCCAGCCGCGCCACCUGCCGCCCAUCUCCGACCGCGUUGCGCUCGAGUCGGGCGCCAGCAUCCUCGGUGAAGCGAUAAUAUUCGGCGUGGGUGGGCUUAUUAUCAUGUUCGAAGUAAACCGACAAGCGAAUAAGCAAGAGGAUAAGGUUUUGGCGCAAGAAUCGCAGUGGCUGGCAUUGUUAUUAUCCCUCGAGGAGCUGCAGCGUGAGCUGGCACUGCAGCAGCAGGACAUCGACCGCCUGCACGCCACCUUGCGCCGCCUCGCGCCCGACCAGUACCCGCGCACUCAGCAGGACUCGGAGUCAUCUUCAGACCAGCCAGUGAUGCCCUCACCGCCGACAUCACAAUCUCCACCAAUAUCUAAGCCUACUGCCGAGCUUGAUGCAGAGCGUCCGCCACCGACCACAUCAGAAGCCCCUCCGCCCCCGAAAUCAGACUGUCCCCCUCCGCUAACGCCAGAAUGUCCUCCACCGCCAACAUCAGAAUGUUCAAAUUGA